AUGAGCUCGGCGGACGUCGGCAUCAUGGGCGCGGCCCCGCCGCCCGACGGCAUAACGCCGAACUUCGAGAACCCGGAAUGGAUCGGCUACCGGCUCAUCAUUGUCUCUACCGUGUUUCCUGCGGUUGCGCUGUGUUUCCUCCUGCCGCGUCUGUAUUCGGCGGCAUUCAUCAUUCGGAAAUGGCACCCCGACGACUAUUUGAUAUGUGUGGGCUUUGCAUUCGCUCUGGCAAACUCCAUCAUCUGUAUCACGCAGUCCACCAUGGGCAUGGGUUACCAUAUUUAUGAUGUGUCUUUCGAGAAUUUCAAAGCAACUAUGAAACUUGGCAUGAUAGGCGGCGCCAUGACAUACAAUCUCUGCACUCUCUUCGUCAAGCUGUCCAUCCUCUCCUUCUACCUGCGCUUCUCGAUCGACAGGGCUUUCCGCAUGGCCGUCUACGUCGUCAUGUUCAUCGCCGUGGGCUACACCGUGCCCAACGCCCUGCUGUUCGCCUGGAUCUGCAAGCCCGUGGCCUUCUACUGGGACGGGUCGAUCGCUGGAGGCACAUGCAUCAACCAACAGGCCGUCUUUGACUCGGCCAACAUCUUGAACAUGUCGACGGAUUUCUUGAUCCUGCUGCUUCCCAUCUGGAUGCUCAAACCGCUGCGCGCGCCACUGCUCAAGAAGAUUGGCAUCUCCCUCGUGCUCAUGGCCGGAGGCUUCGUCUGCGGCGUAAGCACCAUGCGCAUGGUGACGGCCAAGACCGGCGCCAACAACCCUGACAUAACUUGGCACUACCCGGUGAACCUAAUCUGGUGCCUGGUCGAAGAGUACAUCGGCAUAGUCUGCGCCUGCCUGCCUUGUCUCAAAGCCUUCUCCAAGCGCUUCUUCCCCAACCUCUUUCUCUUCGACCCAGCCUUCGAACGGCGUGUCAACGAAUCCUUCCCCUUCUCAUCCUUCCGCCUCAACACCAUCACCGCCACCAACAACGGUAACAACAACAACAACGGCGACGACAACAGCAACAACAACAACAGCAAUGACGUGGGCGGGCGCCGGGCAUGGUGGCGCAUGCGGAGAUCUCCCGGAGGGUCCGGGUCCGGGAGUGGGACGCUGGGGGGAGGCGGUUCGGGUUCGGCGGUGGCCGUUGUCGGUGUUGUGGGUGAUCCACAAAAGGAGAAAGAGCCGGGUACGGAAAGGGAUGGUGGUGGUGGUGGUAGUAGGAGUAGUAGUAGUAGUAGUAGUAGUAGUAGUAGUAGUAGUAGUAGUAGUAGUAGUAGUAGUGGCGGCGAUGUGGAAGCGCAAGAGGGAGGUCGGGAUAGGAUAGAGAGUGGUAGUGGGGUCGGGAGUUCGCUGGGCGAUAGUACCAAGACGCUGGCGGAAGUUGGGGUGGAGGAGAAGGGUAAUUGAGGAGGGAUGUAAGGCAACUUGGAGCUUGAUUCAUGAGGGCUGAGGCUCUGGGCUGGUACGGGCGGUUGGGUGGGUUAUAAUUAUCUUGGAAUUGGUGUAUUUGGUCGGGUUCUGGAUGGCAAGCAAAUGGCACCACGGAAAGGUACAGACAGUUAUGGGCGGAUAUUGGGAGGAUUAUAAUGAUGGCCAUCUAGCUUAUUCCUUGGGCGGGGAUACCACAAAUCGACUUGUUAGCCAGUUGUCCAGAUCCCGUUCGGCAUGACGCAGUUUCCGCAAGGAGGAGAGUCCUGCAGGUCUCGGAUCUGUAAAUCAGGGUGAUAUUGCCAACAA